AUGCGGGACCCAGCGAAAGGGCAUCAUGAGGGCCAGGAUACGUUAUUUAUUCGAGGAACCCAAUGGUUCUUCGCGUGGGUGGGAGACUCGAUUUGCAACCGGCCAUGGACCUAUAUUUUGGUGAGCUCACUAAUAGCACUCGGCCUCUCCCUGGUCAUCCCGUUCCGGGAAAUGGAAAACAACAUUUCGGAUUUUACGCCUUAUGGAGCGAGGAGCCGGCAGGAGUUGAAGGUCUACGAAAGCUUCUUCUCUGAUCGCGGGGAGCCAAAGGUUGUUUACGCCUUCAUCCGGCCGAAGAAUGGGGAUAAUCUGCUUAGCGUGGCUGCCCUCAACGAGACUGUACAGGUGCUGGACAAAAUCAACGCCGAGAUCCGACUCGAUACCCCCAACGGCCCGAAGGCGUUCCAGGACUUUUGCCGUGGUUUUUGCCUCGUCAACGAGCCCGUCAGGAAUUUUGCGAAAGGGCUGUUCUUAAAUAAUGGUUCAACCGGCGGAUCCCCGCACGUCGACCUCGGCUACCCGGUCACUACCGUACUCGGCCGGAAGCUCUACAUGGAUCCGAACUUCUUUGGGGUUAAGAUCGCGGUUCCUGGAGAAAAGAAGAAUUCAGAGCAGCUGAUGUCAGUCGCCGAGGCUGUGCAGGUGAUCAAUGAAGAGGACCAACUGCCCAACAACCUCCGCCAGCUCAGCCUGAUCGUCCUCCAUUUUCGAGCGGAGAUUGGGAAGGAGAUCGACCCAGAAGCCCUGAAGCGCUACGAAAGGGCGAUCGUCGAGUAUUCGCAUAGCACCGAAUACUCUGCAAUCAGCGUAAAAGUGCUGACCGACAACUUCAUCACCUCCGAGAUCGUCAGGGCCGGCCUCAGCUUGCUGCCGUUUUUGGGCGUCGGCUUCACCAUCAUGGUCAUCUUCACCUCCAUCACAUUCUUCUUUUCGGCCAGGGCCCUAAAUCAGUGGCACAUUUACAAGAUCCCACUGGCCGUGAUCGCGUGCGUGAUGCCAUUCAUGGCGUGCGGCUCGACGAUGGGCGCCAUGUUUUUGCUUGGCUUUCGGUUCGGCUCGAUCUUGUGCGUGACCCCGUUCCUCGUCCUGGCCAUCAGCGUUGAUGACGCGUUUCUGAUGGUCAACUCCUGGCAGCGGAUUUGUCAUAAGCGGAGGAAGCUAAAUCCGGACUCGGAGGACCCGGAAGCGGAUUUGAGGGCAAGGCUGAAGGAGAUGCUGAUCGAGACGGCCCCCUCGGUGACGAUCACCUCCCUGACGAACAUGCUGGCAUUCGGAAUUGGCGCCUUCACGCCGACCCCUGAAAUUCAGCUAUUCUCCGUCGGGAAUGCGGUGGCGGUUACGGUGGACUGGGUUUUCCAGCUAACAAUCAUUACUGCCCUAAUGGUCAUCAUUGGCCGCUGGGAGAUCCGGGAUGAAAGGCGCAGGGCCAAGGAGAUCGAGCAGGACUUUGAGAAACGGAGACAAUACUCGGAGAACUCGUUGGACUCCUCGAAGUUCACUGGAACCAAGAAAAUGAUCCACAUCUACUGCAAAGUUCUGACCGACAAGUGCACCAUUGUGUCGUUGCUCGUCCUCCUCGCCGCGUAUUGGUACAUCUCCAUCACCGGGACGCUGAACAUCAAGGCCGAGCUGGACCCGCAGAAGCUUUUCUUGAAGUCAAGUGACAUGCAAGAGAUCUUUGACGGUCGACGCCAGUACAUCGCGCCAAAUUACGCGACCUGCUGGGUGUUGGUGAACAACCCGGGGAAUAUACGCAAUUUCGAAGAUCGACAACGCUUGAAUCGGCUCGUCGAGGAGUUCGAAGGUCUGCCCCCGGCUCUAGGCUCCUAUUCUACAAAAUUUUUCUUGCGAGACUACGAGGAGUUCCUCCAGCAAAGCGCCGAUCUGCCCGAGGAUAUGGAAGAGGAGUCGGGGCCAAUCCAACCGGCAGAAGACGAGCUCGGAAAAUUUUUGACGUGGCCCGAGUUCGCUUUCUGGAAUGGCUUCUUGCAGACAAAGAACACCAGCGAGGGGUUGACCGUCGAGCGCUUCUUCUUCAUCACAGCCUUCCACGGCCCCGAGUUGGUCGACUGGUCGGCGAGGGCGACCCUGUUGAACAUGUGGCGGGAGGUGGCGGAUCGGCAUCCUCACCUGAACAUCACCGUUUUCGAGGACGAUGCCCGAUUUUUGGACCUGAUCGAGACUUUGGUGCCAACGACUUGGCAGUCCGCCCUCCUCACCCUCGGCUGCAUGUUCUGCGUGACCAUGUUGUUCAUCUCCGAUCCGCCCACGCUUUUCGUGGCCACCUCGGCGAUUUUGUCGACGUGUGUCGGUGUCUUCGGUCUCGUCUCGUGGUGGGGAGCCGAUCUGGACCCGAUCCUGAUGUCGGCAACAGUGAUGUCGAUCGGCUUCUCAGUGGAUAUUCCGGCCCAUAUCAGCUAUCACUAUUUCCAGACUGGAAAGCAAGGGCUGACUGUGGCACAACGAUUGGAACACACAUUAUCUGCGGUUGGGCUGCCGAUUUUGCAGGCGUCCAUCUCGACAAUCCUCUGCGUGCUCAGCCUAUUUCUCGUCGAUUUGCACAUGUCACAGGUGUUCGCCAAGACGAUGCUGCUCGUCGUGCUGAUCGGGGCCCUUCACGGCCUGAUCGUGAUGCCCGCCCUGUUCAGCUUGACCUCGUGGGUCCCACGACGAAGCAAGAAAAUCGUGCCCGCCUCCUCGUCGUCGUCCCUCGAGAAUCAGCCCCAUAUUCUGACGAUUACCGCGCAU